AUGGAGAACAAAGCCAUGUACCUUCACACCUUCAGUGAGAGGGAGAACGGCUCCAUCUUCGAGGAGCCCUUCGAGGGAAGGAACCUUUCCAAACUGAACCUCUGCGAGGACGGUCCUGGACGGAGGAUGAAGGCAGCAGGACGCUGCAGCCGGCUGGGCUCCGUGGCGGCACUGAAGUACGCUGUGGUGGGACUCUACCUCCUCGUCUUCCUCAUCCUCGUUGGAGUCUUCAUCCUUGCAGUCUCCAGACCACAGACUUCCCCUGAGGACCUGAAAGCGCUGAUGGGGAAUGUCAACCGCCUCAACGAGAGCUUUCGGGACAUGCAGCUGAAGAUGCUGCACCUACCUCUGAAGGGGGACGUGCUGGAUCACAUCUGGAGGCUCCAGGACCUCCUGCAGAACCACUCAGACUCCUUGUUCCUUAUGACGGGGUCCCUGCAGAAGCUGGAAGGGCUGCUCUGGAGCUUGCAGACCCAGGCCAGCCAAACCGACAAGGCAGUGUCCAACCUCUGGGACAGCUUGAGCCAGCAAAGCGAUGCAGCCCAGCAGGAGAUGUACAAGCUCUCCGUGGAAGGCAACAGCAGCCGGCUGCUGCUGCAGCACCAUGACCACCUCCUGAGCCACCUGGGCAGCAGGGUGGAGAGCCUGAGUGACCAGGUGACAACCGUGAGCGGGGCCGUGGACACCAUGAACAGGACCUUCUCCUACGACGUGAGCAUCCACCAUACCCGCAUCCAGGACCUGCAGGUGCUGAUCAGCAACGCCACGGAAGAUGCCCGGCAGAUGCGCCUCAUCCACAUAGCCAUGGAGGAGCAGCUGAAGCACGAGCUGGCCAUCCUCAACAACGUGACGGAGGACCUGCGGCUCAAGGACUGGGAGCACUCUGUCGCGCUGAAGAAUAUCUCUGUGAUACGGGGGCCACCAGGACCCAAAGGAGACCAAGGCCAUGAAGGUAUGGAGGGCGAACCUGGUCUUCCUGGCCUGCCUGGGCUGCAAGGGCUGCCUGGGGAGAGAGGACCACCGGGACCACGUGGCUUGAAAGGGGACCACGGAGACCUUGGCCCACCAGGUCCAGUGGGGUUGCGGGGAUUCAAAG